UGCCUCCUUCCACCCCAAUCAUCGCCAUCAUAUUCAUCUCACACCCUCGAUUCGCAUAGCCUGGCCCGGAGAGCAAGCCAGCAAUGUACAACGGCAUCGGACUUCUCACCGCUCGAGGCUCGGGCACCUCUGGCCACAUCACCAAGAACACCGCCCACCUCCGCGUACGGGACGACUCCUACUCCAAGCGACCCUCCUCUUCUUCCAAUUCCGACAACUUCCGUGGCCGAGGAGGAGAUGAUGAUAGAGCACAGCAUCGUCAACCUGACCAGGCAAUACUGGACCAUGAGCGGAAACGAAAAGUGGAAGUGAGAUGCAUGGAGCUCAGGAUUGAUCUUGAAGACCAGGGCGUAGACGAGGAAGAGAUCGAGGAGCGCAUCUCCAAGUUGCGCGAACAGCUCAACGCAUCCCUCGCUACGCCUGCCGGUAGCAGAUUCGGUCAGCUUACUCGAGAGGAGACAAAAGCGUUGCGUCCUUCGGAUACACAUGCCAGACAGGCGGCCAAAGUCAAGGAGACUGAGAGCUUCGGGAGAGCGCUGGGAAUCAGGUCCGACUACCAAGAAGGACAGGCAUUCGACAAGGACUACCAGGAAAAGAGGAGGAUAGAGAAGCAGGAGGAGUGGCAGAGGAGAAAUGAAGAGAGACAGCAGAGAGAAAGGGAGAGGCAGCAGGCCUGGAAGGACAGACAAGAAGAAUUGCUCAAGAGACGAGAGGAGCAGGAGAAAGAGAGAAAGCGAUUCGAGCUAGAGCUCGAAGAGAAGAGGGCAAGCGGCAAAGCAGCGGAUCCGCUACCGCAGAAGGAUGGCAGGCCUACGAGCCGUCGUCGAUCUCCUUCUCCGCCUGCCACUAGGCGACAAAGACGACGGUCAUCGCUGGACUACGACUCACGAAGCCCAACCCCACCUCCCCGCUCCCGGAAGAGGAGAGGCUCAAGCUAUGACUCACGCUCUCCCUCUCCACCGCCUGCCCGAAGGAGAGACACCCGUCGAAGCAGGAGCUACACUCCCUCCAACUCAGACUACAGUCGCUCGCCCAGCCCUCGUCGCGCCCCUGUCGGUAGCUCAAAGCGCAGAAGACGAUCGCCCAGUGAGCGAUCCUUCUCGAGAAGUCCAUCGCCCGCUCCAGCCAAAGUUCGAGCAACGGCGCCCAGCCGCGGUCGCAGCCCAAGUAGAAGCAGGAGCAUAAGUAGGAGCAGAUCGCCCUACUCGCGCUCUCGAUCUCCCCUCCCACCACGAAGAAAAGGAGCAGCAGCAGCAGCAGGAACAUCGGAUGUAAGACGUCGACCCAUGCGCUCGCCUUCCCGCUCGCGCUCACGCUCCUAUUCAGAAUCUAGGUCACGAUCACAAUCACGAUCACGCUCGCGAUCCUACUCUCGCUCGCCUUCACGCUCACACUCGAGAUCGAGGUCAGAAUCGAGGUCUCCUCCGCCUCCGCGGAGGGCGGCAGCGGCGAGGCGAGACUCUCCUUCGCGAUCGCGAUCGCCAUCUCGUUCUCGAUCCCGUUCGCCGAGCCCUCCUCGUCGCCGAUGAGCAAGAGCAGAGUCAAUGGCUUGUAGGGAGUUCGAAGGCAUUGAAUGAGGUAGCUGGAGGGAGUUGUGUCAGGGAACGCCCUGCAACCCGCGGGCUACAGCUAUUGUUUGCGCACUUUGUCCCUUCUCAUAGCGGCGUUAUCAUACCAUGUCAAUCUCACUCAUGCAUUCUCAUCUCACGCCUGACUCGUACACUUCA